AGGGCUGGGGCUCCCUGAGACUGUUGGCGGUGUCUUGUGGCCAUCGUGGGAGAGGGAGAGCCGAGCGGGGGGCUGCGGACGCCGCUGAGCCGGGAGCUCAAGACGGCCACUGCCCACUCCCGCAUGGUGCUGACUUCUCACUAGGCGGCGGCGGCGGCGAGGCCUGAGGGGCGGCUCAGGGUCGAGGCUGCGCGUCUCCUACACUUCCUCUCGUGGCGGCCGUCUCGGUGGGCGGGAUGGCGGCGGCCCGGGGGAGCGGCCGCGCAUCUGCGCCCCGGCUGCUUCUGGUCCUGCUGCUUCUGCUAAUGUGGGCCGCGGCUGGGGUCACGCCGGUCCCCGACGAAGACCUUAGCCACCGGAACAAGGAACCGCCGGCGCCUGCUCAGCAGCUGCAGCCGCAGCCCGUAGCGGGGCAGGGCCCGGAGCCGGCUCGGGCCGAGAAAGGACUCACACCAGCUGUCCCAGUUCAUGCCAAUAAAGAAGAUCCAGCUACCCAAACUAAUUUGGGAUUUAUCCAUGCAUUUGUCGCUGCCAUAUCAGUUAUCAUUGUAUCUGAACUGGGUGACAAGACAUUUUUUAUAGCUGCCAUUAUGGCAAUGCGCUACAACCGUUUGACAGUGCUGGCUGGUGCUAUGCUUGCCUUGGGCUUAAUGACGUGCUUAUCAGUUCUGUUUGGCUAUGCCACCACAGUCAUUCCCAGGGUGUAUACCUACUAUGUUUCAACUGCAUUAUUUGCCAUUUUUGGCAUUCGAAUGCUUCGGGAAGGUUUAAAGAUGAGUCCAGAUGAAGGUCAAGAGGAACUGGAAGAAGUUCAAGCAGAAUUAAAGAAAAAAGAUGAAGAAUUUCAACGAACGAAACUCUUAAAUGGACCAGGAGAUGUUGAAACGGGUACAAGCACAAUACCUCAGAAAAAGUGGCUGCAUUUUAUUUCACCCAUCUUUGUUCAAGCUCUUACACUAACAUUCUUAGCAGAGUGGGGUGAUCGCUCUCAACUGACUACGAUUGUUUUGGCAGCUAGAGAGGACCCCUGUGGUGUGGCCGUGGGAGGAACAGUGGGACACUCUUUAUGCACUGGGCUGGCUGUGAUUGGAGGAAGGAUGAUAGCACAAAAAAUCUCUGUCCGAACUGUGACGAUCAUAGGAGGCGUCGUAUUUUUGGCGUUUGCAUUUUCUGCACUAUUUAUAAGUCCUGAUUCUGGUUUUUAACAAGCUCUUUAUUCAUUUGUAUUUAGUUUAAGAGAGGUAACUCACCUUUAUGUACAUAGUGUACACUGAAACUAAAAGUGAUGGAAAAUAACUGUAUUUUGUAGCAAUGAGUUAUUAUGUCCAAAAAAAUAAUCACUGAUUCUAUUUGCAACAUGGAUUUUUAAAAGAAACCUGCGGUCUAAGUGUGGAUUUUUCAUUUUUCCAGCACAAUUAUGUUAAUAUGGUCUCUGUUUUAAGGAUUCUCUUUGGCUUUUGGUGAGGGAUAUUAUACAGAUCCUUUGUGCAGUGGGGUCUACCAUUUGAUUUCCUUUUAGCACUGACUCCUUCAGAAGGAAUAUACAUGUUUUUCCUGGAUCACUGAGGUGCUUUAAUAUGCUUAUCUUAGAACUUUUACUGGGGGAAGGAUGAAUUAAUUUCCAUCUUUUAAAGUAUAUCUCUGAAUAAGCACUAGUUUAAUCCUAAGUCUUUUCAAAAUUAGGUUGUUUAAAAGAAAGAAAAGAGCAAGAGAAAUGUAUUAGUUCUUCCAGAGGUUCCACAUCCACAGACACAGCCAACCAGAUGGAAAAUAAUUUUUAAAAGUUACAUUGUUGCUGAUGGAUAUGCUGUAGUUAGGCCUGCAGUGGAUGGUUGUGUCUGUACUGAACAUGUAGACUUUUCCUGCCAUUCUCUGAAUAGAGUAUAUAACUAUUACAUAGCAUUUAUAUUGAAUGAGGUAUUAUAAUCUAGAAAUGGUCUCAAGUAGACGUGAGUGGGCUGUAUGAAAAUACUCCCCCGUUUUAUGUGAUAGAUUCGUGCAUCCUUGGGUUGGGGGAAGCCCUAGAACCAGUCCCCUCAGACACCAAGGGACAACUGUACUGUUAUGUCAGUAAUAUGACAAUUGUUUGCCAGGCCGUUAUUAUUUCUAAAUUGGGUAGGAAACCCAAUAUAAAAUAGUCAAUAUUUGACAAUGUGGAAUUACCAAAUUAAAGAAUACAGUGAAUGUAUUCAUAUUUUUUCUAUAUUGAAUAAACAAUGUAACAGAUACAAUGCAAAUAAAAGUGGUAUGACCAGUG